GUUCGCCAUUGCUCGCUGCGCUUCGUGCGCUCAGGUGAGUUUAAGAGUGACGCGGUUAUGGGGAAACUACAGGAGUUUGAGAUAUCCUUCGACAAAAAUAAAUCCGUGUACAGUCCAGGCGAAUCUAUAGACGGAACCCUGAAAAUCAAAGUCAGCCAGUCGCUCCAGUGUAAAGCAAUUAAGGUGAAUUGCAAUGGGUUCUGUGGCGUGACCAAUAAAGUCAAUGACACGUCGUGGAUGGUGGAGGAGCAGUACUUCAACAGCACAGUGUCUGUUGCAGACAAAGGAACCUUGAAACAAGGAGAACACACUUUUCCCUUCAAGUUUCUCAUACCAGCUUCUGCACCAACAUCUUUUGAAGGCAGUUAUGGUAAGAUCAUAUACAGAGUGAGGGCUUCUGUUGACACGCCGCGGUUUGCCAAAGACUACACCACAGAGAAACCCUUCUACCUGCUGAGUCUGCUGAAUCUGAAUGAAGUGGCAGACAUAUGGGGUCCCAGUUCAUCUGCAGUGACGCAGCAGUUCACCUACAUGCUAAUGAAAACGGGAACCGUGGUCCUGAAGGCCCAGACUGACAUGAAGGGUUACACACCAGGCCAAAUCAUCCAGGUCGCAGCAACUAUCCACAACCAGUCUGAGAAGAAGACCGGCAAUGUGGCAGCCAGCCUGAUGCAGAGGGUGACCUAUGAGACGAAGAAGCCCACCUAUGAUUUGAGGGCGAUAGCAGAAGUGGAGGGUGGCGUGGUGAAGGCCAACAGGGAGAUCGAGUGGAAGGAGCAGAUCAUCGUUCCUCCUCUUCCUCAGUCCGUCCUGGCUGGCUGUGACAUCAUAAAGAUUGAAUAUUAUGUUAAAGUGAGUCUGAAAUAUCCAGAAGUCAUGGUGGCAUUACCCAUCCACAUAGGAAACGUCGCGCUGGACAAGAAAUUGCGAAAAUCUACCAAAUCUGCUCCUUCUGCCUCUGCUCCAAGUGAUACAGAUACCACAAACUUGACUCCUGGGCCCGCCCCUAAGCCAGCACCCCGUGUUCACCCUCGCCCUCGAGAGUCAUUCCACAAUUCUCCAAGUGCUCCUCCCAUCGAUUACGAGCAGGGAGCUGUGGGCGGGCCACAAGUGAGCGACGCGGUCCCAAACAAGAGACACUCCCAGUUCGGUGCCUCUGUGCCCCACGUGUCACCCACUGCCUUUAGUUACGCCCCUGGCCUCUUUUUUGCCAACAACCAACAGCACAACAGCCCCGUGUCAGAAUCCGGCCGACUUUUCACCUCUGUGAGCAGUCCUAAUCCGGUGCCACCUCCAGGGACCUCAGUGCCACCGGACUAUGAGACCGCUGCCUACCCUACAAGAGGCUCCGCCUUCUUACGAUGAGAGCUGUCCCCACGACUGCAACACGUGAACUGCACGAGCAUCAACCGAUCCACACCCACAACCAGAACCAGGAUCAGCACACAAGAUAUAAAGGAGAAUGUUAAAACAUGUCGACAGAAUUCUGAAAUAAGACACACAGUCGGUCCUCUGCUUUUUUUAAGUUGCUGUUAUUUUUAUAUUUAUGAGCAGGUUAAAGCAAAAUGUAAUGAAAACAAAUAUGCAGACAUAUUUAGUUUGUUUAUUAUAUGGUAACAGAAGUCAGUUUGUUCUUUGCUUUAUUUUUAUUUUUUUUUUUAUUCUUCAAAUGAUGCGUAACGUCAGUUUGAAAGUUGGUUUUAGUGAUUGAAACUUGCAGAAAAUUCAAGCAAGGCUUAUUUUAUAUUGGGGGAGAACAAUUAUCCAUACAUGGAGAUAAAAAAAAAAAUCACUUUCAUUUGAUGAGCACAGAUUUGUUUCUGUCUAAAUGGUUUGUUGGGACCGAGCUGACAAUUUUGUAUUUGAGGACAUAUUCCAGUUUUCUAGACAUGAACACAGGAUGUUGUUUGACCACAUUAAUUUUUUAACCUUGAAGAUUUUUGCAGUGUUUGCUCAUUUCUGAAGCUCCUGGAAUCUAUUAAAAUCAUGUUACACUUUGGAUAUAUACAUGUAUAUUAAACCAACAAAAACAUAAAUGCAACACUUGUUUUUGUUCCAAGGUGCAUCAGUGCAAUAAUCAUGCUGUUUGAUCAGCAUCUUGAUAUACCACAUUUUCCUUUUUCUGCAAAGUUUAACAUAUUUUACUUCAACUCAAAAAAAAAAAAAUGACAAAAAACAAAUGUGCCACAUUUAUAUUAAAGUGUGAAAACUCUGCUGUGUUAGUUCAGUUGACUUCUUGUCUGAUUUCUUUUAACCCAACAUGUCUUAAUCAUAGUGUUUAGUGAAAAUAUUUCUAAAUUGAUUUGUAAUGUUUUAUCUCAGCAUACAGAAAGAUAUUUUAUUUAUUGCUCUUUUUUGUGUGUGAAUUUCAAUAAAUCUAAAAUAAUAUAGAAUAUUUUUAUACUUCGUCCUCUGGCAGUGGUAUUAAGUAACUGUUUAAUCCGUUUCUACGGGGUUUCAAGUUGAGUUUGGGAACAGCUGGAUUUGAGGAUUUUGUCUGGGUCUUGUUUUUCUUCUUUUUUUAAAUCCCUUGAGAUCUUAUUUUAUUUGGGGUUUGUAAAGUGCCUAAAAUUCUGAAACUAAGAAUUUGCAAAGUGAAUGUGUCCGGUUUGUCAGGCUCCCAAAAAAUGGUAAAUGGGCUUUAAAAUUUUAAAUAUGUAAAUACAAGUUUUGAAAAUUGAAUAAACGUGAAUGUGGAAUGUAAAUGUUA